GCCGCGGACGCCGGGGGCCGCGAUGGCGGGCGGGGCCUCCGACGAGCUGCUGGAGCUGGUGGGCGGCGGCUGCGGCGGAGGAAAGGUCGUCAAGCCGCAGGAGGAGUUCAUCAAGGUGGACUUCGACGAGAGCGGCGCGGUGCCUCUAGGCCGACCUCCGAAGGAGGCCUCUGCCGGCAAGGGCAAGGGCAAGGGCAGGGGCAAAGGCAGGCCGCCCGAGCCCACGCCGCGGCGGCACCGGGUGGGCGAGGCGCUGCUGAAGUUCCGCCGGCCUGGCCAGGAGACGAAGGUCAGGGUGAAGGACGACCUCAAGCUGGGCGGCAGGGUGAAGCGCGCGCAGAAGCACGAGCGCGAGGCCCUGCACCGCCUGGUCAAGGGCGAGGUGCUGCAGACGACGGAGGCGGGCUCCCUGGAGGUGGACGGCGAGCUCGAGCACACCUCGAAGCUGGCCCAGGCCGACAUCGUCAGGGAGGCCACCAGCGGCGUGGCCAAGAAGCGGUUCUCGUUCGACCUGCCCCUCGGGCCCUACCGCUGCGCGUUUACCGCCAACGGGCAGCAUGUGCUCGCCGCAGGGCGCAAGGGGCACGUUGCGAUGGUGCACUGCGAGACCAUGGGCAUCGUCGCUGAGCUGCAGCUGAAGGAAACGGUACGUGCAGUGCAGCCGUUUCACAACCACACACUCUUUGCCGUCGCGCAGAAGAAAUACGCGUACAUAUACGACCACAACGGGGUCGAGAUACACUGUCUGAAGGACACGAAGUAUCCUACUCACAUGGACUUCCUCAGGUUCCACUACCUCCUGGUGACCGGGGGGGAGCUGGCCGACCUCCGGUACCGCGACGUCUCGACCGGCCAGGAGGUGUGUGCGCACAAGACGCGGCUGGGCCCCAUCAGGAGCAUGAGGCAGAAUCCCACCAACGCCGUCAUGCACGUCGGUCACUCGAACGGCUGUGUCACGAUGUGGACGCCGAACGUGAAGGCGCCCAUUGUGAAGUUGCUCUGUCACCCUGGCCACGUGACCGGGCUGGCCGUCAGGGGCAACAACAUGGUCACCGCUGGGGCCGACGGCUACUGGAAGGUCUGGGACCUUCGAAAGUACGAGGAGGUCCACGCCUGGAGGUCCUUCGGCCACCCCGUCGAGGACAUCGACAUCUCCGCCACUGGGCUGGUGGCCCUGGGCUUCGGGCCGCGCGUGGAGGUCUGGAAGGACGUGCUGGGGUUGGCCAGGCCGAGCAAGCCCUACCUGACGGAGCUGCACCCUGGCCGGCUGGUGGGCAGCGUGCGGUUCCGGCCCUACGAGGACGUGUGUGGCGUCGGUCACUCCGCCGGCUUCGCCAGCAUGAUCGUUCCUGGCGCGGGCAUGGCAAACUUUGACACUCUGGCAGAGAACCCCUUCGAGACAAAGAGGCAGCGGCGGGAGAAGGAGGUGCACAGCCUGCUUGAGAAGCUGCAGCCAGACUCCAUCAUGUUGGACGCCUCUCGCAUUGGCAGCCUCGACAAGGCCAAGGUGAAGGAGUACAUGGACGACAGCAAGCGGAGGCAGGAGGAGGAGGCCUCGAAGGGCACGAAGGAGAAGAAGAAGAUGCGCGGGAAGCAGAAGAUCGGCAACCGCAUGAAGCGGAAGCAGCUGAAGCAGGGCAAGUGGCAGCGGGUCAAGACCGAGUCGCGCCUGCAGGACGAGGCCGAGGGCUCGGACGGCGACGGCGGCGAGGGCGGCGACGCCGCCGGCGGCGCCGCGGCCGGCGAGGCGGCGGGCCCCGGCAGGGGCGCCGAGGCCGCCGCGGAGGGCCUCGGGGCCGUGCCCGGGGCCGCGCUGCGGCGCUUCGCCGGCAAGCGGCGGAGGAGGACGUGA